UCUCCAAACCAUCCCAUUCUUCAGUACUUAAGUAAGAGAAGGAAAAGAGAGAGAAGAAAAUAUGAUUGGUAAGAUUCUAGGAGAUGCUCUUAAAACCACCGGCGACACCCUUAGAACGACCGGGGACAUUGCCGACUCCGUCCUAAAUGCUGGAGGGAACUUUCUCGACCGUGCAAGAGAUUUCCGUCGGCGCGGGAAGAAGAAGAUUAAAGGGAAGGUGAUUCUAAUGAGAAGCAAUGUGCUAGACUUCACGGAAUUUCAUUCUACUAUUCUUGAUAACGUCGCUGAGUUGUUGGGCAGUGGAAUUGAAAUGAACCUCGUGAGUGCAACUGAGGUCGAUCGCCAUUCGAAUGACCCGCGAGGUAAAAUUGGAACGAAAGCUGUUGUGGAGAGGUGGUUGACUUCAGCACCACCUGUGUUCGCUGGAGAGUCAGUAUUUCAAGUGAACUUUGAAUGGGAAGAUGAUUUUGGAUAUCCAGGAGCUUUCUAUAUAAGAAAUGGACAUACAAGUGAAUUUUUUCUCAAGUCUCUCACUCUUGAAGAUGUUCCUGGCUACGGAAGAGUUCAUUUCGAUUGCAACUCAUGGGUUUACCCAAAAAGAAGAUACAGAAAAGAUCGAAUUUUCUUUGUCAACCAGUCAUGGCUUCCAAGUGAGACACCUGAACCACUUCGAAAGUAUAGAGAAGAAGAGCUAUUGAAUCUAAGAGGAGAUGGAAGAGGAGAGCGUAAAGAAUGGGAUAGAAUUUAUGACUAUGAUGUUUACAAUGACAUUGCCGAUCCUGAUGCCGGUGAUAAACUUGUUCGUCCUAUUCUUGGAGGACCUGAAUAUCCUUAUCCUCGUAGAGGAAGAACCGGAAGACCGAGAACUAGAAGAGAUCCAAAUUCAGAGAGGAGAUUACAAUCAGUGAUAGGGCUAAACAUUUAUGUACCAAGAGAUGAAAAUUUUGGACAUUUGAAGAUGGGAGAUUUUCUUGGGUAUGCAUUGAAAGCACUUUCUGCAAGCAUCAAACCUGGGCUUCAAACUGUAUUUGAUACAACUCCAGGAGAAUUUGACAAUUACAAAGAAUUGUAUAAUCUUUAUGAAGGAGGAUUUCCUAUUCCACAAAAUCUCUUUACACUCCUUUCUGAUUCCCUCACAGCACCAUUGUUAAAAGAGGUUUUAAGAAUUGAUGGUGACAGAUUCCUCAGAUUUGCAGUUCCUGAUGUCAUCAAAGAUGACAAAAGUGCAUGGAGGACUGAUGCAGAAUUUGCAAGAGAAAUGAUAGCCGGAGUUAACCCUAUUCUCAUUUGUCGUCUUGAACAUUUUCCACCAUUGAGUAAACUUGAUCCUAAACGUUAUGGAAAUCAAAAUAGCACAAUUACCGAAGAACAAAUAAAGGAUGGCUUGGAAGGGCUCAGUGUUCAUGAGGCAAUGAAGGAGAACAAGUUAUACAUAUUGGAUCAUCACGAUGCAUUGAUGCCAUAUCUUAGAAAGAUAAACUCAACAUCGACAAAGACUUAUGCCACAAGAACACUACUCUUUCUGAAAGAUGAUGGGACUUUAAAGCCUUUGGCUAUUGAGUUGAGCUUGCCACAUCCUCAAGGAGAACAACUUGGUGCCAUUAGCAAACUAUACUUUCCAGUGGAAAAAAGUAAUGUUGAAGGCUCAAUUUGGCAACUAGCCAAGGCUUAUGUGGCUGUUAAUGAUGCUGGAUACCAUCAACUUAUUUCCCAUUGGUUGAAUACACAUGCGGUACUUGAGCCUUUUGUGAUUGCAACACAUCGGCAAUUAAGUGCGCUUCAUCCAAUUCAUAAGUUAUUGGCUCCACAUUAUAAAGAUACCAUGUUCAUAAAUGCAUUUGCAAGGCAAACCCUCAUUAAUGCUGAUGGACUUCUUGAAGCAACUCAUUUUCAAUCAAAAUUUGCCAUGGAGUUGUCUUCUUACAUAUACAGAGAAUGGAAUUUCCUUGAACAAGCCUUACCCGCAGAUCUCCUAAAGAGAGGAGUAGCAAUUAAGGACCCAAGUUCUCCACAUGGACUCAAGUUAUUGAUAGAGGAUUAUCCAUAUGCUGUUGAUGGACUUGAAAUUUGGUCAACUAUCAAAAAUUGGGUGACAGAUUAUUGCAGUAUCUACUACAAAGAUGACACUGCAGUCCAAAAUGACAUUGAACUCCAAUCUUGGUGGAAAGAAGUUGUAGAGAAAGGUCAUGCUGACAAGAAACAUGAAGCAUGGUGGCCAAAGAUGCAAAGUUUAAAUGAACUAAUAGAAUCUUGCACCAUUAUUAUAUGGAUUGGUUCAGCUCUGCAUGCCGCUGUUAAUUUCGGACAAUAUCCUUACGGAGGCUUUGUUCCUAAUCGUCCAACGGUAAGUCGAAGAUUUAUGCCUGAAGUCGGUAGUAAAGAGUAUAAAGAACUUGAAUCUUGCCCUGAAAAAGCCUUCUUGAGAACCAUAAAUUCUCAACUACAAUGCCUUCUUGGAAUGUCACUUAUUGAAAUUUUAUCAAGACAUGCUUCUGAUGAAGUUUAUCUUGGGAAAAGAGGUAGCUUAGAAUGGACAUGUGAUAAAGAUGCAUUAGAGGCAUUUGAUGAUUUUGGUCAAGAAGUGAAUGAAGUUGAAGAAAGGAUUAUGGAAAGGAAUCGCAACAUCAAAUUCAAGAAUAGAACUGGCCAAGCUAAUGUUCCUUAUACUAUGCUUCUUCCUUCUAGCACCGAAGGAAUCACUGGCAAAGGAAUUCCUAAUAGUAUCUCUAUCUAAAAUAGCUAUUUGGUUUGUGUGUGUUCUGAUUAUGUAAGUUUUAUUUUUCUUGCAUGUUGUUUUUAUCUUUUUGGUUUGACCUAUUUCUUAAGCUAUAUGAAAUAAAAAAUUAAAAAUGCUCAAGGGUAGGUUUGGAUUUGAAAGUGUUAGUUGGGUUUUUAAAUUUUAUGCAUGUAUUCAACUCUGUUAUUGUGCUGUCUUACUUUUUGGUGUGUUUGUGAAAGGAAUAAAAGAAUUGUGCUUUAUGUUUUAAUUAA